AUGAGUUUUCGUGGCCGUGGAGGAGGCGGUGGUGGACGUGGUGGGGCACGUGGUGGUGGAGGUAGAGGAGGAGGAGGUGGUUUCCGCGGCGGCAGAGGUGGCGGUGGAGGACGUGGAGGCUUCAACAACAGAAAUUUUGACGAUGGCCCGAAAAAUAUCAUACCUCUUGGUUACUACGACUAUCCAUGCCAAGAUGAGCUGAUCGCUAAGGUGGAAGUAGAGAAUGUACCGUUCUUCAAUGCACCAAUCUACAUGGAGGGAGAAAAGCAAAUAGGCAAAGUGGACGAAAUUUUCGGCAAUUUAAAAGACUUUUAUGUGUCGAUCAAGUUGAAUGAGAACAUGAAACCCGACGGUUUCAAUUCGAAGCAGAAGCUGUUCAUCGAUUCAGCCAAGCUCUUACCGCUGACACGGUUUUUGCCUGGAAAUCAAAACCGUAGACCGGCCGGAAGGGUGGGAAAACCAGGAGGUGGACGUGGUGGACCUGGAGGACGUGGAGGACGUGGUGGUGGUUUCCGUGGUAGAGGUGGUCCUGGUGGUGGCGGUGGAGGCGGCGGAGGAGGUGGUUUCCGCGGCAAUCGGGGAGGUGGGUUUGGCCGGGGUGGAGGUGGUGGCGGAUUCCGUGGAAGUCGUGGUGGCGGUGGUGGUGGUGGAGGCAACCGUUGGUAA